GUCUCCAGAUUCUUGAAAAUGACCCAUGGCAUUUGAGACAAUCAGCUUAUCAGGCCUCAAAUACGAACACGAAACAGUGGGUUCUCACGACUUCGUUCAGAUAUUCCACGCAGUCAAACCAAUCGAAAAUUGGAAUGCGGUUUCCAUUGCUUGUACGACUCUUCUUUUCUCGGUCAGAAACUGGCCGGGGAGGCGGAAUACCGCAGGUCUGCAGCAGUGUCUGUCAUGGAUCGCCAGGCACAUCACUAGGUGGCCAAUCAGACAGCCGAAAUUGCGGGACUACUUUCAACUCUCAGAAAAACAUUUAGGAAGACUCGCUCCUUGAUUCUAAACCCCAACAACGACUACUCCUCACCUCUUCCUUCUUUCCUCUUUCAACGCCUAUUGUUUCCUUGUGGUGGAAAAUGGGUAUUCUUGAGCAGAUAUCAGGCCCGUUGGCCGAGCAGAUUGCGCAGCGCGGAACUGGUGUGGUGGUCGCUGGCGCAAUCGGUGCGUUUCUGGUUGUGACAGUUGUGCUCAACGUAUUGAGUCAAUUACUUCUGAAGAAUCCUAAUGAACCGCCUGUGGUGUUUCAUUUGUUUCCUAUCAUUGGUAGCACCAUUACGUAUGGUAUGGACCCGUACAAAUUCUUCUUCGAGAAUAGAGCAAAGUAUGGCGAUUGUUUCACGUUCAUCUUGCUUGGAAAGAAGUCUACAGUAUACCUUGGCAGAGCGGGCAACGAUUUUAUUCUCAAUGGGAAGUUGAAGGAUGUCAACGCCGAGGAGAUCUACACCGUUCUUACAACACCAGUCUUUGGCAAAGAUGUAGUUUACGAUUGCCCCAACUCGAAGUUGAUGGAGCAGAAAAAGUUCAUGAAAAUUGGUCUUAGCACCGAAGCCUUUAAGACGUACGUUCCAAUUAUCACGGGAGAGGUCGAGAAUUUCGUCAAGCGCUCUCCGGAAUUCAAGGGCGAGAAAGGUACUGUUGAUCUGCCGGCGCAGAUGGCUGAGAUUACAAUCUACACCGCCUCGCACGCUCUUCAGGGAAAGGAUGUCCGCGACCGAUUCGAUUCGACUUUUGCUGCGCUCUACCACGAUCUCGAUAUGGGUUUCAGCCCUAUAAAUUUCAUGCUUCACUGGGCCCCUCUUCCUCACAAUCGUGCACGCGACCAUGCCCAGCGAACUGUUGCGAAAACCUACGUUGAAAUUAUGGAGAACCGACGACGAAACCCCGAAAAGCACCAGAAAUUGGAUAUCAUGUCACAGCUGAUGGGAGCCACAUACAAGAAUGGAACGCCCGUACCAGAUCUGGAAGUUGCGCAUAUGAUGAUUGCUCUGCUUAUGGCUGGACAACACUCUUCCUCCUCCUCCAGCGCCUGGAUCAUUCUUCGACUUGCUACCAGACCUGAUAUCCAAGAAGAAAUGUACAAAGAACAGCUGGAAGUACUUGGCCCCGAGCUUCGCCCUCUCACCUAUGAAGAUCUGUCCAAGCUCACUUUGCAUCAAAAUGUCCUAAAGGAAGUUCUCAGACUUCACACACCUAUCCACUCGAUAAUGCGAAAAGUCAAGACUCCCAUGCCAGUCUCAGGUACCAAAUAUGUUAUCCCAACUUCUCACGUCCUUAUGGCUUCGCCAGGUUGCACCAGUCGAGAUGCAACCUAUUUCCCGAACCCUAUGCUCUGGGACCCUCACCGUUGGGAUGCUGGCUCUGGUGGAGUGCUUGGAACUGAUGUCGAAGAAGAGAAAUUCGAUUACGGAUACGGUCUCAUCAGCAAGGGUGCGUCCAGUGCCUAUCUCCCAUUCGGCGCUGGGAGACACAGGUGCAUUGGAGAACAAUUUGCCAAUGUGCAACUGAUAACGAUUACCGCUACUCUGGUUCGCCUCUUCAAGUUCAAGAAUCUCGAUGGCAGCAAGGACGUCGUUCCUACAGAUUACACCAGCUUGUUCACGAGGCCAACAUCGCCUGCAGUUAUCGAGUGGGAGAGGAGAGAGAAGGCAUAAAGAAAGACUGGUAUGGUUGUUAAUAGCAGCUCGUUUUAUGUGCAUACUUGAAGGCGUUGGGCGGGGGUUAUAAGCUACGUAUACUUAAUACAGAGGCUCUUGACGAAGUCUUCCACCAGAAUUCGGCGUCAAGGAGGUCUAUAAUAAGAGAAUCAAAAUGUUGACAAAUCAUGAGGCUC